AACAGCUUGGGGUUCAAUGUCAAACAAAUCUUUGAGCGAGUACAAACAUUUUUUCCACCCACCCUAUAUUUCUCCUAUAUUUCCCCUAAAUAUGACAAAACCCUUCCCAUUUCCCCGAAAAUCCUGGUUUUACGUUACUUUAUUAUUCAGAAGUUUUUUUGGCCCCAAAAAUGACCAAAAUCGUUCAAAUCAUAAGAUAAGCUAAAAGAUUAUCUUUCCGACCCCUAGGUAUGGCCAUCUCAUUUUUUAAACGGUUUGAAUAUUCACUCGUUAUUGUUGUUAAAGGGAACAGGAAUGAUCUAAAGAGCCAUGAUUUAAAAUAUCGAAAGAGCGAUCCUAAUCCCUCAAACAAUUUAAAGAACUUUAAUCAAUUUUAUCCCCUAUUAUUUCGAAGACUUCUUUCUCUGCAUUGCGACUUUUUCAAGGCACAAGCAACUCAUUUUCGUCAUUCCAACCCUGGAGUCAUGGGGAAACACACCGUGGCACUAGUGGUUUUCUCUAAUCUUGUGGUCUUUUGUCAUUCUUUUGUCAAUAAGUUUCAAAUGGCAACUUUACCACAAGGAGCUUUCACUCAGAUUAUGGAAACAAGCUUCAUAAGCGUGAUGUCUUGUCUCUCUACUUGUAAUGAGGGCAACGGUUGCAAUGCUUUGCUUGUUGGACCCGGUUCUUGCCAAGGUGGAACCGUGGAUUUGACUUACACGGGAUCGGCUUCUGAACCAAUGGAGAACUUCUUUGUAGAACGAGGAGCAACAUGUCGUCACAAAUUCAGGAACAAGUUUGCUUCGUUCUCCAACCAAAUCACGCUGAAUGAUAGACUUGUAUUUGAAGGACUCCCCUUUACAGCUGACAAGGCAGAACCAUUUUGCCAAUCAUACGGUUCGUCCUUGGUCACCCUGAAAUCCAGGGAGGAGUCACUUCGUCUGGGCAUUCUCAUGAGGAACAACCGCGCUCACACAGCAUUAAGAAACCUUGAUCAAUCUGGCCCUUGCAAGAAUGACAAUUGCGAUGAGACCAACUUCCGUUGGUUGGAUGGGAGUGCAUUCGAUUAUUCCAAAAAGGCUUUUGACUUAUUCACUGGGAUUACAGGAACACCUUACAUGAGAUUUCACAACGACGAAAAUGGGGUCAUUCGAAUGGCUAAUAUUGAUCGGUCAGUCAUGGCUGGAGCCAUUUGUCAAGUUUUUUGUUGAUUUGAAAUUGCAAAAAAAGCAAGCUGUGUUUGAUAAUGAGAAUAUGUUGUACCACCAAAUAAAUAUCCAAGUAUUUGUCAAUCUAAGUUUCUCCUUUGAUAUCUUGACUUCUUUGAAAUUCCGUAAAUCUUGUAAAUUGCACAGAAUCUUCUACAAUUGGAAUCUAGGAAAGAAAAGACAGUAAAAGAGCUUCCAAGUCAAAUUUCUCAAAGAUCUUCAUUGGUGAGUAAAGUUUUAUAG